UUAUUUCUGGCAGUUUACAGACACUUGAUAAAGGUGAGGAAAGUGAGGAGCGUCUGACGACUUCAGCAUGUGUUGAUGUUGUAGAGUGUUUGUACUUUAUUCAAGCAUUUAAUCUGAGAUGUUCCAGGGAAACAAACUGUCGUCUUUUUUAUCGCUUAUCGCGCAGACAGCCUGCUUCUCGCCUUCUUGUCUGGCUUUGGGAGCGAGUUCUGCUUUUAUGCAGACACUUCAUCUCGUUUCUUGGAUAACCGCUCUCGCAGCCUCUCCUUUUCUCUCUCCCCCCUCCUAUCCCGUCCCCCACCCGCUUGUACGCAUAUCGAACCAUCCUGACCCCCAUUCGGCCCAUCCAUCCGUCAGCUGGCCCAGAGUAUACCCUGAGUGCCUGCGUCUCACGCGGUCUUGAUGCACCGCCUGUGCACGCGAGGUUCUCGCGCUUCGCGGAGCAGCGUGACGUCAGCCUCGAACCAAUCGAUUGAUUAACAUCCAACAGGCUUCAAAAUGGCGUUGAGACAUCGUCUGCAGCAGGCCUGAUAGGCAUUUUUGUUUUCGUGAGCGCUGCCUGUCCUCCUUGUGCUUGUCUAUAUUUCUAGACAGUAAACAUCUCGCAGUCAGCAGGAGAGAGGAAGGCAACAUGGCGGACAGAACUGCCAGAGAGGUGUUGCGUGCUGCGCUGUGGUGGCCGUGCUUGUUCUGGCUGAUGGUGCUGGCUUCAGGAGAUGAGUCCCAGCGAGGGUCCAGAGCACAAGCUGUUUGCUCACCUCUUCCGCAACUACAGCUCCGAGUCCCGACCCGUCACCAACGCCAGCCACCCGGUCGUCGUCAACUUUGCCAUCUCCUUGAACCAGCUUCUGGAUCUUGAUGAGAAGAACCAGGUUCUGACAACAUCAGUCUGGAUAUACGAGCAAUGGCGGGACGAGAAUCUGGUGUGGCGCCCCAAGAGCUUCGAUGGUCAGCGGCUGCUGAUGAUUCCGGCAUCAAGCAUCUGGCUGCCAGACAUCUUCAUCUUUAACACGGCUGGCGACAGCAUCGAUGGCUUUGUCAAUGUCAGCGGAAGCAAGGUUGUCGUUCAGCACAGCGGAAGAGUUCGCUGGAUGGUGCCGCUGAUCGUCAACAGCGCCUGCGCAGUCGAUGUCACCUACUUCCCUUACGACCAGCAGGUGUGCGAAGUGAAGUUCGGGUCGUGGAUCUACGACCUCAGCCAGCUUGACCUCCGCCUGAGCGUCAAGGACCCUGACCUACACUACUACGUCAUGAACAGCGAGUAUGACCUCGUCAACGUGUCCUUGACCCGUGACGUCCUCAACGGGUCGUGUUGUCCUGGCGAGGGGUACCACGCCAUGGUCAACCUGUGCAUUCACCUCAAGCGGAAGUCUCUGUACUACGACUAUAUAGUUAUCGCUCCGACCAUCAUGCUUUGCGUCCUGACUCUCGCUUCCUUCUUGUUGCCAUGCCACCGAGGGGAGAAAAUAGCCAUCGGCUUAACCGUCUUUCUCACACUCUACGUUCUUCAGCUCCGCAUUGCUGACAAUGUCCCAGACACCAACUCUACGCCCAUUCUAGGUGUGUUUCUGUUCGUGGUGAUGACAUUCAAUUGCAUCUCCCUCAUCAUGGCCACUAUCGUCAUGAACAUCAAGAAGCGUGGGGACGAAAAGCAGUGCCCGGAUGUUCCAAAAUGGUUGCUCUUUUUGUGCCAUCGCAUCUUGAGCAGAAUCGUGUGUACACGUUAUCUUUGGAAAGAUGAAAUUCCGGUGCCUGAAGAGAAGCAUGACGGUACAGAUAACCACAGAUGCUUGGACAACCGCCAUUACUCCAGUGUCAGGACCGACGACCCGGCGACCUAUGAACCCAGGUCUGCUAGUCAUUCUGCUAGUCAUGUCCUUCAGCAGCUUCAGUCCUCUGUCGCCAGACAAAGGAAAAGGCUGCUCUUCCCCGGCACGACGGAUGAUGUACACCAUGCAAGGGAGAAAACUCCGCCGGAACGAGUUGCAGUUCCUGGACUGCGAAUGUUUCACAUGAAACGGCAGUGGUUCUUCGUGGCGGAGGUGGUGGACAAAUUCGCUUUUCUCAUUUACCUGGUCACCAUGUCUUUCACCAUCCUCAUGAUCCUCUACAUCGUCCCGGUCUACAUGCGUGAUCGAUAAUCGAUAAUGAACGAUAUUGAAUGAUUAAUCUUGUGGUGAAACAUAAUAAGAUAUUGAGUAUAGCUUCAACUACUAACCGUUAUCUUGUUUAUAGUUACCUUAAUCCAAAUAAAAAUGAAAACACC